AUUGAUCCUGUUUCAAAAGCUAAUAACACUAUGAUGACGCGAAACAAGGCUGUGCAGUGCCAUGUUACGCCCCAGUGGCGACCCGACUACAAUAACUACCCACAGCUGCGGCAUUCACACCCGGGCGACUCACGACGAAGACACGGGCAUGGCGAGACUGAUCCUGGCUGUAAUCCUGGUGCAAGCCAUUGCUGCCUACCGCAUGUACCAGGAUCGAAUCCCUAAUGGUGACACUGUACCACACCCAUGUAAACCCAACUAUCUAUGGAGAGGGGUUGGACACAAAACUCCACUCGGCGGAGGAUUACGGAAUACGUUUGGAGAAGAUUAUGGAAAAAUUAAACAGUGGACGCCCGAACUUUGCCGAAUGGACUCGGACAAUGACGGACUCACCAAUGGCCAGGAGUUGGGAGAUCCGGAUUGUGUAUGGGUUCCAGGGACCUUUCCGUCCCGGAGUAAGAACAUCACACACCCAGGUGUGUGUGACCCAUGGGGCAGCUCCAAGUGCGAGGAUGCUAACAGUCACAUCAGCUGUGACACCGGGGAGUUUUUAUGUGAUGCCAUCAACAGCCCAGAUGUGAUCAACAUAACGCUGAGGUUCCCCCCGACUCAGGUCCCCCCGGAGGUCACCACGUACAUGUGCUACACCUUUGACCUGGACAUGCUGCCAGCUGGCGUGGAAUACCAUCUGAUAGCCACCAAGCCGUACAUUGACAACGCUGAUAUCAUGCAUCACACCGUGCUGAGCGGCUGUGAUUUUACGAGCUCCCACCUGGACAGUCCACAGAGAUGCAACAUGGGGUCUUCAGGCUGCCGGAGCCCGCUGUCUAUUUGGACGUUGGGGUUACCGGGGUCGUGUGUCUACAAAGAUGCCGGCUUCAAAAUCGGACGCAAUGGAUACAAACGACUGAAUAUGCUGCAUCACUGGAACAACCCGGAGAAGAAGACAACCUACACUGAUUCCUCGGGUAUCACUCUGUACCUGACUCCCAAACUGAGGAAAUACAACGCUGCAUACAUGACGGUGGGGGAAACGCUUUUAAACAUCCCCCCUGGCCGGGAGCGCGUGGUGCACACGAGUCAGUGUUCCUCUGAGUGUACCAGGGACGUCAUGAAGGGGCCUAUCCAUCUGUUGGCCGGAUACAAUCACAUGCACUAUUUGGGGUACCAGCAGACUGUUGAACACUACCGGAAUGGUGAGAAGUUGCGCGACCUGACGCCGGACGACCAUUACUCAUAUGACAACCCUAUCAUUCACAAGUACGACCCUCAGAUUGAAAUGCUCCCGGGGGACAGUCUGAAGACCACCUGUGUGCAUAGGUCCACCUCCAGGGCCACGACGACAGUGUGGGGUGAUGGCACAAACGACGAGAUGUGCUUCGGCUUCUUCACAUUCUACCCUGCGGAGAACAUGCCCUUCGUCUGUGUCACCUACGGGGAUCUGGAACUCUGCAGCCUCAACAGGGGACAACUACAUGGCUGCAACAUCCCAAUGAUGCUGAACUCAUCUCAUCCUGUGCGCAAGGGUUUGAUGUCAAAGGUGUUGGACAACUGUAGCCCCUUGGGAGACUGCCGGGUUGAAUGUCCCGCUGCUUUGGCCGAGGUACAACAACAUCCAUGCUUGAACGAUAGAUUGGGCAGCUUCGUACUGUCGAGGAUGGCUGGCAUCCCGUCUCUGGAGAACGCGAAGUUCUUGGCAGCAAUGCGGUCCUGCCAGUGUUCAGCCGUGGAUCCCACAUCCAAGCCAGUGUCUCCAGUCAAUGAUGGGGAGACUAUUUCAUCAAGUGGACUUUUGUUUCUCAUCGCUUCUCUUGUCGUCUUGGGCAUGUGAACAUACUUUCCAUUGAUUCACUGUCUUGCACAGCACCAUUGAUGAAAUGCCACUCUUAUCUCCAUUAUAAAUCCUACAUCUGUACCGGCGCUCUUAUCUCCAUUAUGAAUCCUACAUCUGUACCGGCGCUCUUAUCUCCAUUAUAAAUCCUACAUCUGUACCGGCGCUCUUAUCUCCAAUAUAAAUUCUACAUCUGUACUGGCGCUCUUGUUUCCAGUAUAAAUCCUACGUUUGUACCGAAAGCUACUUUACUGUUAAAAGUAGGCCUGUAUUUCGAGUCACAUUAAACCUUCAAAAAGAACAAGCAGGAAUGGCUAUUAAAGACAGGAUAUGCAAAAUGUGUAAAUUUCAAUAAAGAUGUAUCGGAUAUGAGUCA